AGCCAUUUCGGCUCAGGCUGCAGGCUCGGUGCUUCCGCUCGCUGUGCCCCGAGUUCCGCACCACCAGCGGCGCCGACCGGGUCCAGGCACGAGGCCGCCGCGUGCGCCUCGCAACGACAUGAGGGUCCGCGGUGCCACGGCCGCGCCCGCCUCGGACGAGGCCGGGAGCCCCGCGGCAGCCAGGGAGGAGGGCGAGGCCGCUCCUGUCGGCGGCCCGCCGUUCUGCAUCCUCCUCGCGCUGCCGCUGCUGGCGGUCCCCUACCUGGCCGACCUCGCCGCCGCGCCCCCCGGCCCCGUCGUGGAGGGGCCGGCGGACGGCGGCGGCGCCGCGGUCGUGUCGCUGCGCGGCGCCGGCGCCGCCACGACCGCCGCCGCCGCGGGCGACGACUGCCUGGAGGCCGAGGGGGUGCUGCUGAGCAGCAGCAGCAGCAGCUGGGGCCAGGGGCCGGCGGGCGCGGCGGAAGGCUGGCGGGCGGCGCGCGACCAGGAGGGCGAGUGGCUGCAAGCCGACCUGGGUGUCCCGCGCCGGGUCUGCGGGGCCUACGUGCAGGGCCUUGAGGACUGCUGGGUCGCCAGGUUCUCUCUGCAGCUGUCCGCGGACGCCCUGGCUUGGACGCCGGCGCCCUCGGGAGGUGCCGUCGCCGGGCCCGGGGGCGCGGCGGAGCGGUCGGAGGUGCUGCUGCAUCCAGGCGCGCAGGAGGCGCGGUACGUGAGGUUCACGGCCGAGGCGUGGGAAAACCACGUGUGCAUGCGCGUGGGAGUGAUGGUUCAGCCCGCGGCGGCGCCGGAAGAAAAUGCACGGACGAAGAGCCCAAGCGCACGCAGUUGCAAGCACGGCAAAGCAGGUGACAG